AUGUCGCUCAAACAAGAAAUCGAAACCUGGGUACAAGCUCUGGACGCUUAUGAGAACCAGGAGUUCGAAGAGGCAUUGCGCUUAUUCGACCAAAUUGCCGAUACAUCCAAGAUCCUGUUCAAUUGCGGCGUGAUUUACGCAACCCUUGGGGAACAUGGGAAAGCAGUAGAAUGCUAUCAACGCGCCGUCGGCUUAGACCGAUACCUCGCCAUUGCGUACUUCCAGCAGGGGGUUUCCAACUUUCUACUUGGGGACUUCGAAGAGGCACUGGCUAACUUCAAUGAUACACUUCUCUAUCUCCGAGGAAAUACCUCGAUAGAUUAUGAGCAGUUGGGGCUUGUGUUUCGACUCUUCUCCUGUGAAGUUCUGUUCAAUCGAGGUCUCUGCUACAUCUACCUUCGACAGAUGAAUCCAGGAAUCCAAGACCUUGAGUAUGCCUCAAAGGAAAAAGUCACCCCGGAUCACAACGUGAUUGAUGAUGCUAUUCUCGGAGUUCUAUAUCGCCCCAACGCAGCCAAAGUCAAAAAUCUCAAGACAAAGGACUACCUAGGCAAGGCCCGACUAGUUGCCGCAUCUGAUCGCACGCAAACAUCAGAUCACCAAUGGAGGCCAAUGCCGGUUGAUCACGGCGCCCUCCAAGGCCGGGAGGGUGUCUCCUUCGGUGCGAGUAACUUGGUUCGUCAAAAUCUCACCAGCCGCACCCGUCAGCACUCCGAACCUCCCCUCAACCGCCAUGUAUUCCCACCAACACCACCCCCAGAUGAUCGAUCGGUCAGCACCGCCUCCGCCUCCGGCAGCCAGUCUGCUUCAGGGCAUACCCGCUCGUCAUCCUUACGAGGAUCCCGCCCUCCGCGCCUAGACCUAGAUCGCGCGGGUGCCAGUCUAGACCGAAGGGCUCCAGACCCAGGGCAAGAAAAGCCCCGAAUAGGAACCACGCGCACAGCAUCGGAGCCCCGCGGGCCAUCAAAACACAACAACAUGCGAGGAUUUGCAGAGCCAAGCCGCAGCGGCUGGCCACGCGAACAGGGUCACCGCCGAAACCUCAGUGAAGCCAACACAGCGUACUCAGAGCCCGAGUACGGGCAACCAGACCCCUACGACCCAUACUCGAACCAGCGAAACCCUCCCCCAGGUUGGGGCCGAGGUUCCCGUCAUCAACCACCCCAAUACAUUGACGAAGAAGAGGAAUACGUUGAAGAGGCUGGUGCCGCGACGAUGAACGGAAGCUUCGAGCUAGUCGGUGCUGGUCCAAGCCAACGUCGCACACGCUCUCCCGUCCGCUACUCGCGCCAUAACAAUCCCCGGCGGCCUGAGAUUCAAAAAUUCCGAACCAAGGUUCAUGCGCCAGAUGACACACGGUACAUUAUGAUCGGGCCGACGAUCGGGUUCGCGGAAUUCGAGAACCGCAUCCGGGAGAAGUUUGGCUUCAAAUGUCCACUUAAGAUGAAAGUGCAGGAUGACGGGGAUAUGAUCACGAUGGUUGAUCAGGAAGAUUUGGAUUUGUUGAUUAGUUCCGCCAAGGAGGUCGCUAGAAGGGAAGGGAGCGAGAUGGGGAAAAUCGAGGUCCAAUUCUGUGCCAAGAUGAGUCUCAACAACAGCGCCAAUGGCGCCAAUGGGGAUGUCAAAGACACCACCCGGAUUCCCGAACAUGAAGAUCCAAACGGGACACAAGAAGAAGGAAGCAAGAAUGAAGGCAUGGGCACUAACCCAAGCUUCAGUCUCGCCGGGUCUGGCGCCCAGAACCCGAACAACAGCAACCAGGGCCCAUACAUGGAUAAGGAAUACCAAUCCUACAACCCCCAGUACGGCCACGAGAACGAGGGACCAACAUGGAGUCUAGCCCAGCCCCUUCCUCACAUCGUGCGACCGGGCAUGCGUCACGGCGCACUACCAGAAGACCGAAAAGAAGACAAAGAAGCCAUGGCAAACGGCGAGUAUGACGAGUCCCCCGAGGCCAAGAAACAACGAUCCGCAGAGGCUCGCGCCCAGCGAGUCAACGGCCCCAACGAAGACGGCUUCUUCAACACCUGGUCUAAGAUCCGCCAUCAUCUCCGCGAACCACUAGCCGAAUGGCUCGGCACAACAAUGGCAAUGACAAUCGGCCUCUGCGCAACCUUGUCAAACUUCACAUCCUCAGGCCAAGCAGGCUCAUACCCAGCGCAAAGCGCAGCAUGGGGUUUUGGCUUCAUGGUUGCCAUCUAUACAACGGGUGGUAUAUCCGGAGGACACAUGAACCCUGCGAUUUCCAUCUCACUCGCCGUAUUUCGUGGAUUCCCAGCCCGUCGCUGUGUAGUAUAUAUAGCGGCGCAACUACUCGGAGCGAUUACGGCAGGCGGGUUCGCGUAUGCGCUGUAUCAUGACGCGAUUGUGAAUGUUGCUGCUUCGGCGAAGGUUCCUCAGAAUGCGAGCGUGGCUGCGCAGGCGCUUAUCACGUCUCCGAAGCCGUUUGUGCAUCCUGCCACGGCAUUCUUUACUGAGUUCGUGGGUAGUGCGCUUCUGGUCGGCACGAUCAUGGCUCUCGGUGACGAUUCCAAUGCGCCGCCUGGUGCGGGUAUGCAGGCUUUUAUUCUGGGAAUUCUCAUUUCGGUCAUCAUUCUUGCUCUUGGAUAUAAUACUGGAGGGUGCUUUAAUUGCGCUCGUGACUUUGGCCCUCGACUCGUUGCUGUUAUGGCUGGUUGGGGAGGUCAUCUUUUCCGAGAAAUGCAUGCUUGGUGGAUCUGGGGACCUUGGUGUGCGGAUAUCAGUGGCGCGCUGUUUGGUGCUUUGGUCUACGAUAUGGCUAUCUUCACUGGUGGUGAGAGUCCGGUCAAUUACCCUCCCCGACGACGGAAGCGGGCGUACCGUGUGCGAGCUUUGAAUCUGAAGAAGAAGCUGCGUUUUGGAAAGAAGAAAGUUGAUGAUGUUGAGAAGUCUGUUCGGCAGACGGAGGAAUGA